UCAAAAUGAAAUACCGUGAAAAUAUCGACGUUGUGUCAUUUGUCCUAAAAAUCCGACGCGAACUUCAUACCGGAAAGUCAGACAAGCCUAUUAUAUCUGAGGGGAUUAAUUAGAAUGCAUUUUAUAUCGUGUGUUGCAUUACUAAUUACGGUUUAUUUCAAUCUAAACCACUUGUUGGCGAUCUAGAUUGCAUCUUGUGCCUGAUAUGUAGCAGAAUACAAUAGCGACCGGAGAGGUAUUUUAAAAAAAAAUUUAAAUAAGGCGGAAUAGUUUAGCAUUUACUUUGAUGCUGCAGUGGGAGUAUUCAACAGAGGAGUUUCAGACUAUUUUUUUUAAACACACUUCCUGAUCAUCAUUUGUGUGUGUGUGUGUCAGAAGAGGCAUUCGAUUUCUAUCAUCGCACAAAAUUCAGAGGCUGUUUGAGCACCAUGAACUAAAGCGGAGAUGGUCGAAUGCCUCACCUAGAUUUUGUCGUCCUUGGAACUAGAAAACAGCCCUUAAUGUCAAGUAUGCAAGAGCCAACAUCUCUGUUUUCGGAGAAGACACAAAGCCCAGGCAAUUUAAAUGGACAACAGUACGACUCAGCAGGUGCAGAGUCAGGGGCUGAGGACCCAGACUUCAAUUGGGAUGAAUAUCUCGAAGAAACGGGUGCCAGUCCUGCUCCGCACAAUUCAUUUAAACACGUUGAAAUCAGUCUCCAGAGUAGUUUCCAGCCGGGGAUGAAGCUGGAAGUGGGGAAUAAGACUCACCCCGACACAUACUGGGUGGCCACUAUCAUCACCACCUGCGGCCAGCUACUCCUGCUGCGAUACAGUGGUUACGGGGACGAUCGGCGCGCGGAUUUCUGGUGCUGUGUCAUGACGGCCGACCUACACCCCGUCGGCUGGUGCUCGCAGAAUGAGAAGGAACUCAAACCUCCGGAAGCAAUAAGCGAGAAGUUCGGAGAUUGGACAGAAUUCCUCAUUCGAGAUUUGACUGGUGCAAGGACAGCUCCCGCCAAUCUACUGGAAGGGCCGCUGAGAGGGAAGAACACGGUGGAUCUCGUUACGCCCAAGUCCCUCAUUGAACUGCAGGAUUCUACAAACCCCUUCCAGUUCUGGAUAGUGCGUGUGAUGGGGAACGUUGGCGGGAGAUUGUGCUUACGCUACGAAGGACUGAAUGACCUCGAAGAUCGCGACCAGUGGUUAUUCUAUCUGAACAGCCGACUUCGACCAGUGGGAUGGUGCCUGGAAAAUGGAUGCAAGCUCGACCCUCCAUCAGAAAUCCAGGCUCUGAAGUGUGACACAGAAUGGAAAGAUGCCCUCGAGAAGGCUCUGUCCGAAGUGGAAAAGCGUUCACUGCCUCUGGUAGUGUUUAAGGACCAGCCUGAUAUCAGGACGCACGGCUUCAUGGUCGGCAUGAAGUUGGAGGCAGUCGAUCCAAGAGAGCCUUGUUCCAUUUGCCCCGCCACUGUGACCAAGGUUUUUAAUGAUCAGUAUUUUAUGAUCACAAUUGAUGACUUAAGGCCAGAUGCUUGUGAGAACUCAAUGCUGUGUCACGCUGAUUCACCAGGGAUUCUGCCUGUCCAGUGGUGCCUUAAAAACGGAGUCCAUCUUACUCCCCCCAAAGGUUAUCCGGGCUUAGAUUUUGACUGGGCUGAUUAUCUCAAGCACAGUGGGGCAGAGGCUUUGUCCCAGUACUGCUGCAGAACAACGUCAGGGGCCCGAGGCUUCACCAAAAACAUGAAGUUGGAGGCUGUGACACUGUGCAACCUCGCGGAGAUCUGUGUCGCGUCCAUCACCAAGGUCAAGGGACGGCUAAUGUGGCUGCACCUCGAAGACUCAAAGAACUCCAUCCCGGAAUACAUCGUUGAUGUGGAGUCGAUGGAUAUUUUUCCAGUCGGUUGGUGUGAAGCCAAUGGAUAUCCUCUAACGCCUCCAUGUCAUGUAGUCUGUCAGAAACAGAAGAAGAUUGCGGUGGUGCAGCCAGAAAAACAGCUCCAAUCCACACCUGCUGAAACAAUCCCUCCAGACUCUUGCGCCGUUACAACAGAUCCAGGUACCACCAAUGGCAAAUAUUGCUUUCCCAAGAUAUAUUUCAAUCAUCGUUGCUUCUCUGGUCCAUAUUUAAACAAAGGGCGGAUCGCAGAACUGCCUCAGUCUGUUGGACCUGGCAAAUGCGUCCUUGUUCUCAAAGAGGUUCUCACGCUGUUGAUCAAUGCAGCGUACAAACCCGGCCGUGUGUUGCGGGAGCUACAGCUAGAGGAGGACCCAGACUGGAACUGUCAGGACGAGACGUUGAAAGCCAAGUACAAAGGAAAGACGUACCGAGCGAUGAUGAAAAUCGUCAGGACCGCUGAUCGAGUCGCUGACUUCUGCAGAAGGACGUGCAUGAAGUUAGAAUGCUGCCCCAACCUGUUCGGACCACUCAUGGUGACUGAUAAAUGCCCCGAAAACUGCUCCAUUCACACAAAAACUAAAUAUACUUAUUACUACGGAAAGAAGAAGAAAAUCGUCCGACCUCCCGUGGGGCACAGCAGCAUGGAGAGCAACAACAAGAAGCCGGCUCGACGGAGGAAGAAGCGGAGGUCCUGCUUCGUGCAAAAGAAGAAGCGGUCGUCGACUUCAGUAGACUUUGCCCCACAGGAAAAUGGUGAUGACAAGGAGGAUAGUCUUGAGGCGGUCGAUGAUGAGAGCGCGAGUGAUGGAUCCAGCUCGGAACAGCGCGAUGAUCAAACAGACACGUCGUCUGAAAUUCCUGACAUCAAACCCAAGCCACAAGCACGGUUGCGAUCGUCGUCAGAACAGCCGCGGCCGUACAUCGCGGACAGCGCGCGGAGGAAGAGGAGGGCUCGGACCUUCUCGCUGUCUGAGGACGACAAGUACGAUUCCCUCAAAUGCUCGGCGCCAAAGGAAAUUAGGCAACAUGAGGAAGAGAAGCUGGUUCUGCAGAGUAACCCGUUGGAAUGGUCGGUGUGUGAAGUUGUCAGAUUUAUUAAAUCGACGGACUGCGCCCCUCUGGCAAAGAUAUUCCAGGAGCAGGACAUCGAUGGCCAGGCCUUGCUACUGCUGACACUGCCGACGGUCCAGGAAUGUAUGGAGUUGAAGCUGGGGCCCGCCAUCAAAUUAUGUCACCACAUCGAGCGGGUGAAAAUUGCCUUCUACGCGCAGUAUGCCGACUGACCGCACCCUCCACCAUUCCUUCCCACUCAUUCCUGACUUGCCCGACAAUGAACAGCGGGACCAGUGGGGUUCCACUCGAACAGCGGCAGACCGAUAAAACGGCAGGCUGAUCAAUUGCCAGACCUGGUCGCCGUUUUAUUCCUUUCAUUUGCUGCUGAACGAAAUAAUUGGAUCAAAAUGAAGUUUUGUAACUGUGAAAGGGCGACCUCUGCGAGAAGUAUGUGUCGCCUACAACGUGUUUACGGCAGAUUAAUCUCCACAGCCAACGUCACGACAGAUCGAUCGAUCGAUCGAUUGUGAACUACUUUGGAGCUUUGCAUGGAAGUGGGAGGAUAUUCUUCGGUCUCGGACUGCAAUGAAUAACUGGCAGAGGUGUAGAUGAGGAGUCGCUACUCGGUAGGUAGGGUGGGGACGUUGGCCUGCCGAGCCUUCACACUUCAAGCCCCCGUUACUUUAGGAGACAAAUAUACGGUGGAAAGAGCACAGGUUAAGAACCAGCGCAGAGACAACAAACCAGACCUUCGUUAACGAUCGGAGCAGAAUCAGGCCAUUUGGCCCAUCAAGUCACGGCUGAACGGCCUCUCCUCCUCCUAACCCCAUUCUGGACCUGGAAGCACCCAGUCCACCCAUAUGCUCUGCUUGCCAAUUGAACAAUCUUUUCCACGCCACGCUUCUGCCCAUCUUGAUUUGGUUGCGAUGCGCUUUCUGGGAGAUCGAACAACUUGAGUUGCAAGGAGAAUCCUGACCUCUCAAUGCAACUUGUUUCGAACCAAGACCAGAAAGCUGUUUGGUCGCAUUUCCAUAUGAAGACACUUUUUUAAAGAAACCUAUGCUUAGUAGCAGUCAAAAAAAAAAAUCCAUCUUAAGGUCACCCAAAUUGAAUGGAACUCAAUUUAAUUGAGUUUGAACAGCUGGUUAAUGACAGCUCUGUGUCAUAAACUCGAGCGGAUAUCGCAACCUAUGUAUGAAUAUGUGAAAUAUCUCUGCAGUAAAAUGUGAGAAUAAUUAAUGUCUAAAAACUUUGCUGACACUGGGACAAUAUAAGUUGUAUAUUUUGGUUUUUACCUUAUCAUCUCGCGAAAGAAAAUGUUAUCUACCGUGACAAUUCGACUUGGAUGUUAAAUAAUUUGUAAGGGCACACUUUUGUAGGCUGUCAGCAUGGAAUUGUUUACGGAAAAAUGUGCCGCCCGUAUUAGACAUGUAUGAAGACCAGUUUAACAAGUAGUCAAGAAGACAGCACCAAACCUGUUGUGGAGGAUGAGUUGAGUUGCUGCAAUUGAGCGGAUAUUUGCAACAUGUACUCAGAGUAAGGACCUGCAAAAAAAGUGCUUAUAAUAUUUUUUAUUCAGAGAAACAGCGCAGAAACCGGCACCACGCGCCGACCAGCGA